AUGGCCGCCGCCACCACCACCGUGGCGGUGGGCGGCAAGGGCACCAACCCCAAGACCACGCUCUACGUGGGCGGCCUCGAGGACAGCGUCAACGACUCCAUCCUCCACUCCACCUUCAUCCCCUUCGGCGACAUCAAGGACGUCAGCGUGCCCCUGGACCACACCACCGGCAAGCACCGCGGAUUCGGGUUCGUCGAGUUCGAAGAGAAGGAGGAUGCGGCGGCCGCGAUCGACAACAUGCACAACUCGGAGCUGUACGGCAAGGUGCUGCGGGUGAACUACGCUCAGCCGAUGAAGAUCAAGGGCGGGGACAAGGGUUGGUCGCACCAGCCGGUGUGGGCGGACGCGGACAGAUACAUGGAGGAGGCGCUGGCAGAGAAGGGAAUAGAGGAGAUGGAGAAGCAGGCCAGGGCCAGGGAGAGGGAGGAGGAGGAAGAGGGCGAGGGGGGGAAGGCGGGGGAGGGGGGGAAGGCGGGGAAGGGCGAAGAGGGGGGCGAGGAGGCUGGGGAUGGGCCUGUGGAUCCUAUGAAGGCGAUAGAAGAUGCACUGGUGGUGGAUUGA